AUGCCCACCCGCCGCCGCCGUCUCCUCGACCGCCUCUCGCGCAUCAGCUCCUCCCCACAGCUCACCACGCCCUCCCCCCUCGCCCCUCCUCUCCCCCCCACCCUCACCCCGCACCACGCCUCCUCCACCCUCACACUCACAAUCCCCACCCCGCACCCCUCCCAAACCGUCCAAAUCCCCUACGGCACCGACGGCGAGUCCCUCCAAAUCACCAUCCCCAUCCCCCCACCCCCGCGGCGCGACCUCUGGACGCCCCUCCCCCCCGAACUCAAACUCCACAUCCUCCGCCACCUCUCCACCCCCGACCUCCUCCGCACCGCCGCCACCUCCCGCGACUUCCACACCCUCACCCGCGACGGCCAGCUCUGGUCAACCCUCGACACAACAACCUACUACACGCGCAUCCCCGCCGCCCAGCUCGCCUCCCUCAUCACCACCGCCGGCCCCUUCAUCCGCCACCUCAACCUCCGCGGCUGCCACCAGCUCGCGGCAGACUGGCGCCAAGACGCAGCAUACUACGUCCCGCACAACCUCCACACCGCCGUCCUCGAGGGCGCGCAGCCCUCCAAAGCAGCACUCGGCUACAUCGUCCACCACAACACAAACCUCGUCCGCCUCGACAUCGCCGGCUGCCGCGCGCUCACGUACAGCGUCGCACGCCUCAUCGCACAGUCGCUCCCCGCGCUGCAGGCCGCAGACAUCAGCUGGUGCACCGGCCUCGAGCCGCGGGGGCUUCGCAGAAUCGUGGAGGGAUGCACGGCGCUGCGCGAGCUUCGCGCGUGUGGUGUGAACGGCUUCGAUGACACUGCUGUCAUGGCCGCUAUACAUGCGGCGAAUCGACUCACGACGCUCAACAUGAACAGCUGUGCGGCGCUCUCGGACGAUGCUAUCCGGACGCUGUGUCUAGGCCCAUACCACCACCACGGCAGCGGGGGUGCGGGGGCGCCGCCCCCGCCACGGAAGCUGGUGCGGUUGUCGGUGUCGGCGUGUCCGAGGCUCACGGACGCGGCGCUGCACGUGCUUGCGGCGCACGCGCCGCACUUGGAGGGGUUUGAGGCGGCGGGCAACACGGGGCUGACAGACGCUGGGUUGGUCGCGCUGUUCGGGGGUGCAAAGGCGCUCUCGCACGUUGAUCUCGAGGGGUGCGUAUCCGUCAGCGACGCCUCGCUGACGGCGCUGUCGCGGGCCGGGCGGGUCGUGUAUCUCAAUGUCGGCGGGUGCGGCGAGGUUGGCGAUGUUGGCGUCGUCGACGUUCUACGUCGGUGUGGGGGCGUGAGGGCUGUUGAGGUUGAUGGGACGGCGGUGACGGACCGGGUGCUUGAUGAGGCUGUGCGGGCGGUGCGGUAUCGCGGGGUUGGGGAGGUGGCGGUGGCGGUGUAUGAUUGUGCGGGGGUGACGUGGGAGGGGUGA